AUGACUGAAGACACCGCACAGGCUGCUGCUGCAGCUGCUGCUGAGGCAGAACAGCAGCAGCAGCAACCAGACACACCUCAAGAGGAGCAACAACCGGACACACAGCAGCAGCAGCAGCAGCAAGAGCAGCAAGAGCAGCAAGAGCAGAAUCUCGAAGGAGGCGAAGGCGACACACAGCAGAAGCAGCAACAACAAGGAGAGCAGCAGCAGCAGCAGCAGCAGCAGGACACCACUGCACAGCCUGAGCAAAAGCAGCAGCCAUCGCUGCAGCAACAGGUGGAGCAACAGCAACAGCAACAGCAGCAGCUGCUGCAGCAGCUGCUGCAGCAGCAGCAAGCAGCAGAAGAACUUUCUAGUGAGCAGAGUCGUCUUAUAUUAGAUGAGAUAGAAAGAAGAAUCGCCCUAUGCGAAGCAGCAGCAGCAUAUGCCCCAUCAUCAGGGACUGCUGAUGCUGCUCUUGCUGCUGCUGCUGCUGCUGCUGCUGCUAUUUGUUAA